AUGCGCAGACGGGCAGUCGCUACCCCCAGGGUUUUGAAGAAUCUCACUCGAGCCCCAGAUCUUUUGAGUCUAUUCGAAGCCCUCCCUUAUUGUGGCUACUCAUUCACAAAUGGGGCCUGGAGACACGCCCUUGUAGCCUUUGGCACUGACCCAAGACAGGGCCCUGAAUAUAGGAUGUAUCAAACUUACGAAUUUCCCUAUACAUAUGACCCCAUAAUCGCAGAGCCUUCUUUUACAUCGCCCCCAACCGUCGAAAUAUCGUUCCCAAGAGUGGUUCGCACUAACCAUGGCAACAACUCUCAUACCUUUGACGGAAACUUACUAUUUACUGAUGACAACGUUUGGCAGUAUUGUGACAUUUCUGAUGAUCAACUUCAUCGAAUUUGGUCGACAGCCACAGUUCGCCAUUCUUUCUGUCCUCAAAAUGGAUUUUUCUAUAAUGGCACGAAUGCAAAGCUAUGGGAAAUCAUGACUGACAAAGUUAUGACCAUACGAGAUGGAGAGGAGCUUGCAGCGGACGAUUAUGAGUGUCUAUUGGACAUCCCGGACAACUACAAAUGUGGUUCUCCUGGCAAAGAUCGCAAGAGAUAUGGCCAGGGCUUCGGGCAAAACUACACGCGCAAGCAGGCCUUCAUGAGAUCUUUAAUUCUGAAACAGGCACAAUCCCUAUGA